GGGGGGGGGGGGGCGCGGUGACGCACCGUGCGUGCUGACGUUGACGCGGCGGCGACGGCGGCGGGACCUCCGGGGCUCUCGCGGCUGCACGGCGACGCCGCCGGGACCCGGCUGGAGCUGUCGGGGCCUCCCGCCCCCCUCAUGCCCGCCCCGGCCCCGGGGGCCGCCGAGCGCUUCCCCGGGCCCCGCCGCGGCUCCCGCGCCGGCGCCAUGUGAGGGGGGGGCCCGGCCGGCUCCGCGUCUCCCCCCCCUCGCCCCCCGUCCCGGUGCCCCGGCGGCGCCAUGAUGUUCCGGGACCAGGUGGGGAUCGUGGCCGGUUGGUUCAAGGGCUGGAACGAGUGCGAGCAGACCGUGGCGCUGCUCUCGCUGCUCAAGCGCGUCACCCGCACCCAGGCGCGCUUCCUGCAGCUCUGCCUCGAGCACUCGCUGGCCGACUGCGCCGACAUCCACCUCCUCGAGGCCGAGGCCAACAGCGCCGCCGCCAUCAGCCAGUGGCCGCAGGAGCCGGCGGAGGCGGCGGUGGCCCUGCUGCUGGCCCACCUCCCGCUGCUGCAGCCGGGCAACGCCGCCGCCAAGGCCGAGUACAUGAAGCGGCUGCAGAAGGUGCUGGCCUACGCCAUCGAGAGCAACCGGUGCGUGGAGGAGAGCCGCCAGCUGCUCUCCUACGCCCUCAUCCACCCCGCCACCACCCUGGACGACCGCAGCGCCCUGGCCCUCUGGCUGGGCCACCUGGAGGAGCGUUUGGCCGGCGGCGCCCCCCCCCCGGCGGCAGCAGCGCCGCCGCCGCCUCCGCGGCCGCCCCCCCGCCCCGACGCCGCCCCCCCCCCGCCCCGCCGCGCCCCCCACGACUGGCCCGAGCACGGGCCCCCCGAAAUCGGGCCGCCCUGGCCCGAGGCGGCCCCCCGGGAGAACGGGCACCCCCCGUUCCACCCCCCCGGCGGCGGUAAUGGGCUGGGGGGCACGGCGCUGCCCUGCCAGCUGCACCCCAGCCCGCUGAAGCGCUCCCUGUCGCUGGUGCCCGGCAGCCCCCAGGGGGGCGGCGGCGAGUGGCCGGGGGGGGGCGAGGAGCCGGGCCCCCCCCGCGCCCCCUUCGGCGACCACGCGCCCCUCUCGCCGCAGAGCAGCGUGGCCUCGUCGGGCAGCGAGCAGACCGAGGAGCCCGCCGGCGGCCGCAACACCUUCCAGGAGGACGGCAGCGGCAUGAAAGACGUCCCCUCGUGGCUGAAGAGCCUGCGGCUGCACAAGUACGCGGCGCUCUUCUCGCAGAUGACCUACGAGGAGAUGAUGACGCUGACCGAGCACCACCUCGAGUCGCAGAACGUCACCAAGGGCGCGCGGCACAAGAUCGCCCUCAGCAUCCAGAAGCUGCGGGAGCGCCAGAGCGUCCUCAAGGCGCUGGAGAAGGACAUCCUGGAGGGGGGCAACCUGUGGACGGCGCUGCAGGAGCUGCAGCAGAUCAUGGUGACGCCCAUCAAGGCUUUCCGGCCCCCCCCGGCCCCCCCCGCCAACGGCGCCCCCGACGGGGCCCCCCCGGGGGCUGCCGACGCCUUCGCCCCCCACCCGGCCGCCGACGCCGAGGCCCCUGCGGCCCCGGUCCCCGACGGGGACAUCCCGGGGCAGUUCACCCGGGUCAUGGGCAAAGUGUGCACCCAGCUGCUGGUGUCGCGGCCGGACGAGGAGAACAUCACGAGUUACCUCCAGCUCCUCGAGAAGUGCCUGAGCCACGAGGCGUUCACAGAGACGCAGAAGAAGAGGCUCCUCUCCUGGAAGCAGCAGGUCCUGAAGCUGCUCCGCGCCUUCCCCAAGAAGGUGCCGCUCGAGGGCCCGGGCUACCGGCCCCCCAAAGGCUGGGCCUUCGGCUCCAACUCACUCCCCAUAGCUGGCUCUGUGGGGGGGGCGGGGGGGCGGCGGGGGCAGCGCCCCUUUGCGUUGCCCCCCCGCGCGCUGCCCCCCGCCCGCCUGGGGCUGCUGGGCCCUGCCGGGGGGGCCCCGGCCCCACGGCCCCCCCUCGGCGCCCCCCCCCUCGGCACCCAGGGCCGCCAGAGCCUGUGGUUCGGCAGCGGGGGGGCCGGGGGCGCCCCGGGGAGCCGCAGCGCGGUGCAGCGCACCCACUCGCUGCCCGUCCACACCUCGCCCCAGGCCCUGCUCGCCUUCCCCCAGGAGUGCCCCCUCCCCGGCACCGACCUGGAGAUCAACCCCACGCUGGAGUCGCUGUGCCUGAGCAUGACGGAGCACGCGCUGGGGGACGGCACAGACAAGACCUCGACCAUCUGACGCCGCCCCCCCCACCGCGGGGGCUUCGCGCCCGUCUUUGCCCCCCCCUGCUGUGACCGUGCCCCCCCCAGCCCUCCCCCACCCUAACCCGAGCGUCCUGGGGGAGGAGGGGGGGAACGGGGGCACCCCCCCCGCACCGGCUGAGGAGGGGGCGCACCGAACCCCCCCCCCCCCCCCAGCGAUCGAGGGGCUCCCGGGGGGGGCCGAUGACUUUGCCGGGGGGGGGCACGCGUGUGAACACUACAGGGGCUGCGCGCGGGGGCGGGGCUCUCCCGGCCGGGUUUCGUUUAACUUUUUUUUUUUAAUAAUCCCCUUUUUUGUUUUUGUUGUUGUUUUUUCCUUCCUUUCUUUAUUAUUAUUAUUAUUAUUAUAUUAAUAUUAUUUGCCCC